AUGGACCAAGAGAAAGGUAUAACUUCUGGGAACAUUCCCUCCGAACCAUCCCAUCGAAAGUGUAAAAGGAAUCUGGGUCUCAAUGGUUAUUAUGGUAACAUUGGCAUAUAUAUGGGUUAUCGUGUCGUUUGCAGCAUCUUAUGCAUUAAUAUACAACAAGCGACAUUACCUCAUUCCUCAGAUCAUUUUUUUGGUGCCUUACCUGGCGUUUUACCUGUUUCUUCUUGCGAUCACUUACAGGACCGGGACUGUACUGGAACUACUUCUACUUUUGACAACAACCAUGGUAAUACUUUUGUCGAUUCCGUUCGAACUGCGCUACUACACCUCGCUGAAAGCUCAUCCACAAGUCGAAUUAUUUUUACCUUUAAACGCGAAAUGAGAUAA